GAUACGGAUACAAGGUUUUUGUGUAAAUGUUUUUGUUUUGUCAGUGCUGUCAAAGUUUUGAACAGUUAUUUAUUGUUUUCAUGGUAAUCAGACAGAUAAUGUGUUUUAACAAUGGGAAGGAAAAAACCUUGUUGCGUUCCAGGUUGUUCGGAUAAAGAUUCUAUUCGCCACAGGAUCCCUAUCUACAGUAAUGCAAUUUACAAGCUAUGGUUGAAAAGAAUUGGUAAUAUGAAACUUUUAAUUGAAGAUAAAUCGAAAGUACAUAGUAACUACGCCGUAUGCCAACGGCAUUUUAUUUCGGAAUGUACUAAUCCGAGAUCGCCGCGUCUGAAUGUGUACUCUCUGCCAUCCAUGCACCUUCCAGGUUUUUCAGAGCAGCCAACUGUAAAGAAUUCUUUUGCUUAUCCAGCAUAUGUUCUACAAGGUGGAAAUGGCUCCACUGUAUGCUUGCCUUCUGAUGACAACUGUAUUGAAGAACCAAGUUUGCGAAGCCAAGUGGUUGAGGACACUGUACAUGAAAACCACUCUGAAGGAGUCAUUACGUUUUGCGUGACUGAUGCACGGCAGCAACUUGGAGACCCAAACACAAGAGUUUUCUCUCACAUUCAGUACAUCAACAGCCUGCCAUGGAAGGUCAUGUUACAGCGAAGAGUUUCCUAUCUGGGAGUAUUCCUUUGCCUCCACGGCUCAGAGUAUGAACCUAGCUCUAAAGUUUAUGCGGAGUUCGGCUUCAGACUAGUUGAUCAAACAGAUGCUUCAAACUUUGUCGUAGAAGUUGGGCAUCACAAAUUUAGCAGAGGUGGCACUGGCCAUGGUUUUCCCAAUUUUGCAGAUGUAGAUAAAUUGCUGAACCCAGAGGGAAAUUUUUUGAGAAACAACACAAUUGUGAUUGAAUGCCAUGUUGCAUGUUCCUCUUUACUAAAGGUCACCGACAUAAGUGCAUCUGCAGAUGAUGCCAUACAGACAUUUGUGCAGAAAAAUGAUUUGUCACUAGAUUACUUAGCUGACAGAGCUAAAUAUGUUUUAGAAAAUGGUGUUGGUAGUGAUUGCAAGUUUAUCGUAGAUGGAUAUACUAAAAAGGUCUCUAAAGCCAUUCUGGCCCGUGCAAGUCCAGUGUUUGAACGCAUGUUUUUCGUAGAUGGGAAAGGUCAUGAUUUUUAUCUUGUGAAAGACAUCAGUGGCAGUGUAUUUGACCUGGUGCUUCAACAUAUCUAUGGAGUCAGUUGGGUAUUUGAGUCCAAGGUGCAAGCUACUGAACUCUACUAUGCUGCUCUUAAAUAUGAAUUGAAGGACUUGCAAGUAAUCUGCAUUCAGUACAUUUGGCCGACUACUUUAGAUGACGUUUGGGUUUCAUUGGAUUGUGCGGUACGCUACAAACUUGAAGACCUACAAGAAGCUGCUCUGGUAAUACUGAGGAAAAAUGCUGUCAAAGCAUUUGAAUCACUGCCAUUUCUGAGCAUCUCGCUGGAUUGCCUGACCCUCAUUUUGAAACAAACACACCUCAAGGUCACGUCGGAGAUGGAUGUGUUCAGUGCUGCUCUCCGGUGGGCCAGUGCUGCUUGCAAGACUAAGAAUGUGGCCGUGACUGGUAAAAAUCUUCGCUCAACUUUAGGAGAAGCUAUCAGGCACAUAAGAUUUCUCUCCAUGACUAACAAAGAAUUCGCAGGAAGUCCAUGUGAGAGUGGAGUGCUAACGGAGCAAGAGAAGGCAGACGUCUUUCAACGGCUGACAGCAGAGAAGUAUGAGCCAUUGUUGUUGGAACUGUCAGGUAUUAAAAGUCUGCGGCAUAAGUAGCAACUAAAAAUGUUUAUUCAGUUACCAGCAUACUUCAAACUUUUUUUUUUUUUUUAAAAACUGCAUUUAAUAUUUAUUUUAUUUCAAAUUUUUAUAUUAUCUUUAUACACCUCCCCUUUUUUUAUAUCAUGUUGAACAAAUAAAUGUAAUUGUUGUAGUAAAAAAAAUUUUUUUUAGCCCAAA